CUCUCCCCCUUUUUUUUCCUUUUUUGGGAGGGGGUGGCUUUGCUAGCUAGCACAUCGAAUCGGCUAGUUAGCUCGACCGGCUCUUUCAAGUCGUGCUGUAAUCAUUAGAACGGAUAGUUUGCGUACUGUCAUCUCGCUAACGUUCCUCCGAAAAGUGACCAAGAUGAAUAUACGCAACGCCAGACCAGACGACCUUAUGAAUAUGCAGCACUGUAACCUUCUGUGUCUGCCAGAAAACUACCAAAUGAAAUACUAUUUCUACCAUGGAUUGUCCUGGCCCCAGCUCUCGUACAUCGCAGAAGAUGAAAAUGGCAAAAUUGUGGGUUACGUGCUGGCAAAGAUGGAGGAGGACCCAGAUGAUGUUCCCCAUGGACAUAUCACAUCCCUGGCGGUGAAGCGCUCCCAUCGACGUCUGGGUCUGGCUCAGAAGCUGAUGGACCAGGCCAGCCGCGCCAUGAUUGAGAACUUCAACGCCAAAUACGUCUCGCUUCACGUGCGCAAAAGCAACCGGGCAGCCCUGCAUCUGUACUCCAACACGCUCAAGUUCCAGAUCAGUGAAGUGGAACCCAAGUAUUAUGCAGAUGGGGAGGAUGCCUAUGCCAUGAAGAGGGACUUGGCCCACAUGGCAGAUGAGACUAGUCCUCUCACUUGAAGAAAGUACUCCUAAGCUAAACUGGUUCGCUGUAUGAAAGACAGACUGUCCACAGAAUCAAUCACUCGAUCAGACGCCGACAUCUCCGUCGUGGGCGAGACCGAAGAACUAUCUAAGGACAUGAGGGACAAGAUUGUAGAACGGGUUACAAGAUGGUCGGCAAGAGGCUGGGUGAGGAGGAGACGACCGCUGCCGGAAGAAACAUCAAAUGACUGUCAAUCUCCCUCGGUGCGGGGCUCCUGGCGGGGAUCCGCCAUCAUCAGCCCACAACUAGACUGGAGUAGCUCGUUAGCGAGCUCAGGUCAUCCAGAACAACUUUGGAAACACUAUGGCGUGAUGGAUUAAAAUCCCGCAGCGCCCGUAGGUUCCCCUGCUCAAGAAGGCACGUGUACAGGCCGGUCCCGAGUUUGCCAAUCAACUCCUGAAUGAUGGGCAUGAGGUGAUGUGGUCAGAUGAGACCGAUUUCCAGAUGUUUGGAGGAAGAGGAAUUCAGACUGAGCCCAAGAACACCAGGAUUAGGGUUAGGGUUAGGGUUAGGCAGGGCAGGCUGUCAACAGCGGUCACGUGCUAGCUAGAGCCUUUAGCUUAGCACAUACCCACACGGACACCUAUGCGCUGGCGAUAAUCGGCAUGUGCCAAGUAUGCGAUAACAAAAUAAAUCAUAAUAAUCAAACACCGGUAAGUGUGAUGAUGCCAUGAGUCAGAAGACAUUAUCUGCUCCACUCAAUUUCAAUUUGUGUUUUCACUGUGUCAUCGCUAUUUACCGUAUUUAAGUGUUCAGCUUGUGAUGCCGUAGAUGAGCGUUUGGGGGCCAAGACUCAAGCUUCUUACGAAGACGGAAUCCGAGAACUCCACGACCGCUGCAAUCGGUGUGGAAACUGCGUUGAAAAACAAAUGUUUCAGUUUGUCAUCCAAAGAAUGUUUGUAGCAUAGGCCACCAACUUGUCAAUCAACCCUCGCACGUGCACGUGACUCAACGUGCGGUGUGGGGCUGCAACUAUCGAAUAUUCUACCGAUCGUACCAUACGAUUCAUCAUCGGAUAAAAAUAGAUUUUGCAUUAUUAAACUACAAAAUGUGCAUGAGGUGCAUGUACAGUGUUGCCUUGUAAUCAUAGUUUAAUUCGCUCAUAACUCAAAAUAGAUGUCAAAUCGUCAUUCCACAUUGAAAUGAAUAGAAAUUCCAUUAAAAAAAUCCUUCUGUAGUGUGUUUUUAAUAAGGAAAAUAGCACGCAAUAAUAAUUUUCUUUAUAAAAACUAGACUUUACGCUUGACUUUAUGACGUCGCCGUCGCGUAUGAAUCCAAAAGCUCGUUUGUUUUUAGCCUUGUCACGUGCCUUGUGGCGCAGUACUGUCACUGGCUGACGGC